AUGUGGAUUCCAGGGAUCAAAGAGGUCAGCAUGCUUGACAGCAAGCGCCUUUACACCAGCUCCACCUUGGUUUUCGAGACAGUCUCUCACUGGAUUGGAUUUCACCAAGAGACCAUGACAGCUACGCUAACACUAGAAACCAUAGCCAGUGAAGAAUAUGGGCCGAGGAACUGUGUGGUGUGUGGAGACCGGGCCACAGGCUAUCAUUUCCACGCCCUGACCUGUGAGGGCUGCAAGGGCUUCUUCAGACGAACAGUCAGCAAAACCAUUGGUCCCAUCUGUCCGUUUGCUGGAAGGUGUGAGGUCAGCAAGGCCCAGAGACGUCACUGUCCAGCCUGCAGGCUGCAGAAGUGUCUAAAUGCUGGCAUGAGGAAAGACAUGAUACUGUCAGCAGAAGCCCUGGCAUUGCGGCGAGCCAGGCAGGCACAGCGGCGGGCACAGCAAGCAUCUUUGCAGCUGAAUCAGCAGCAGAAAGAGCUGGUCCAGACCCUCCUGGGGGCCCACACUCGCCAUGUGGGCCCCAUGUUUGACCAGUUUGUGCAGUUCAAGCCUCCGGCUUACCUGUUCACCCAUCACCGGGCUUUCCAGCCUCUGACCCCCGUGCUGCCUUUGCUCACACACUUUGCAGAUAUCAAUACUUUCAUGGUGCAACAGAUCAUCAAGUUCACCAAGGAUCUGCCCCUUUUCCGGUCCCUAACUAUGGAGGACCAGAUCUCCCUUCUCAAGGGAGCAGCUGUGGAAAUAUUGCAUAUAACACUCAACACAACGUUCUGCCUUCAAACACAGAAUUUCUUCUGUGGGCCCCUUUGCUACAAGAUAGAAGAUGCAGUCCACGUAGGGUUCCAGUACGAGUUUAUGGAGUUGAUCAUCCACUUCCAUAAAACGCUGAAAGGACUACAUCUCCAGGAGCCCGAGUAUGUGCUCAUGGCGGCCAUGGCCCUCUUCUCCCCUGACAGGCCUGGAGUUACCCAAAGAGAAGAGAUUGAUCAGCUACAAGAGGAGAUGGCACUGAUUCUGAACAACCACAUUAUGGAACAACAGUCGCGGCUCCAAAGUCGGUUUCUGUAUGCAAAGCUGAUGGGCCUGUUGGCUGAGCUCCGCAGUAUAAACAAUGCCUGCGCCUAUGAACUUCAGCACAUCCAGGGACUGUUCGCCCUGACACCACUGCUUAGAGAGAUUUGCAGCUGAUGUCCAGGCCAGCAUCCUUCCCCACCCAGACCCCCGGGAUACAGUGGACUGGAAAGGGUAAAGGGCUAGUACCCAAAACGGGAACCAGCAGAAAGGUGCUCGGUCAUGGCAAUGAAACACUGAACAG